AUGGCCUCCCUCGCAGACCCUAGCAAGGUCCAGCCCAUGGAUGUCACCAACCUGAACGACCCCAACCGCUCCAACCGCCGUGUAGCCUACUACUAUGACCACGAUGUCGGAAACUACCACUUCUUCCUGGGCCACCCCAUGAAGCCCCACCGCAUCCGUAUGACACACAACCUCAUCAGCAACUAUGGUCUCUGUGACGAGUACGAGUACGACGCACCGCACCCCGAGGGUGAGGGUGCGCGUGUUGUCAACGACAUCACCCAGGGCAUGGACGAGGAGCUCGAGGAUGCCGUCAAGUGGGAGCGCCGUGUGCUCGCUGGCCCCCGCGGCCGCGCCAUGCAGGUUUUUAGGCCACGCCGAGCCACCAAGACCGACAUGACAAAGUUUCACACCGACGAGUACAUUGAUCUCCUCGAGGCUGUCACUCCGGAGACGGCCGACGCAAUGACGGGUGGAGGUAUCAGAUGUCUCACUGGCGAAGACUGUCCCGCGUUCGAGGGUGUGUUCGAGUUCUGUACCAUCUCCGCUGGUGGAUCGCUCGGUGCUGCCGAAAAACUCAACGGGGGUCUGGCCGACAUUGCGGUCAACUGGGCGGGUGGUCUCCACCACGCCAAGAAGUCUGAGGCCUCGGGUUUCUGCUACGUCAACGACAUUGUGCUCGGUAUCCUUGAGCUUCUCCGCAUCCAUCCGCGUGUACUCUACAUUGACGUCGACGUCCACCACGGAGACGGUGUCGAGGAGGCAUUCUACACCACCGACCGCGUCAUGACCUGCUCGUUCCACCGUUUCGGAGAGUUCUUCCCCGGUACCGGUGACGUUCGCGACAACGGUAUCAAGCGCGGCAAGGGUUACGCGGUCAAUGUCCCUCUUCGUGACGGUAUUACCGACGCCACCUACCACACCAUCUUCAAGCCUGUCAUUGCAAAGAUUAUCGAGACGUUCCGCCCCGGUGCCAUUGUGCUCCAGAUGGGUGCCGACUCGCUGUCCGGUGACAAGCUUGGUGGAUUCAACCUCACCCUCGAGGGCCACGCCGAAUGCGCUCGCUUUGUGCGCAGUUUCAACAUUCCGACCAUGCUGGUCGGCGGUGGUGGCUACACCAUCAAGAACGUCUCCAAGGCCUGGACCAAGGAGACUGCAAUCAUGUGCGGCAUCGAGCUCCCCGAGGACCUCCCUUACAACCGCUACAUGGAGUACUUUGGCCCGCGCUACAAGCUCGAGGUGCUGCCGACCAACGUCGACGACCACAACCCGCCCGAGUACAUUGAGGCUCUCAAGCGUCACAUCUUUGAGAACCUGCGCGACUUGCCCCACGCUCCAGGUGUGCAGAUGCGCGAGGUUUCCAGCAAGCCUCUGUCAAGAGUCAUGGGCAUUAGCAAGGAGGACGAGGACGACGACCCAGACAAUGACCUCGACGCACGGAUCAAGAAGCUCCUCCGUCAAAGGCAAAUGAACGGCGACGUCGACUCGGAGUCUGACUCGGACUCGGACGUUGCGGCCCAGGCUCGUCCCAACCGCGCACGACGCCAGGGAGGUCUGUCCCUGCGCCCCAACCCCCGUCCGCGCGUGAACGGUUUCCCCGCAUCCAAGCGCCAACCAUCGUCCUCCCCCGAGGGAGACGACUGCGACGGACGGAAGAAGCGCCAGUUCUUCAAGGCGCGCGUCGGCGACGGCGUGUGGGACCCCACGUCAUUGCUCAACGGCGGCCAGCGGCCAAACGACGGCCUGGUCAAUGGCGUCAAGCCCAAGCUGUUUGGCGGCAUUCCAGAGACCUGGAACGUCGGCAGGGCCAGCAGGGCUGGCAGCCCCAUGAGUGUUUCGUAG